AUGAGUUUCACUAACCCCAUCAUCCCAGGUUUCAAUCCAGACCCCUCAAUCGUUCGCGUUGACAAGGAUUUCUUCUUGGUCACCUCUAGUUUUGAAUACUUCCCCGGCGCCCCAAUCUAUCACAGUCGCGACUUAAUUCAGUGGAAGCUCAUCGGCCAUGCUUUGACCAGACCGAGUCAGCUUCAGAUUCAUACUCCCGAGCCGGGUGGUGGUGUGUGGGCUACUACUAUCCGUUAUCACAAGGGUGUAUUUUAUAUCACUGCGGCGAGCUUUCAACGAUAUCGGCCUCAGCAGGAUGAUCGGGUUUGGCCGCAGGGAUUUUAUGUAAAAACUACGAAUAUCUGGGAUGAUAGUACCUGGUCUAAUCCGGUGUAUUUUGAUCAAGUCGGAUUCGAUCAGGAUCUAUUCUGGGAUGACGAUGGAACUGUAUACCUGUCAUCAACAUACCGCAAGCUCAAGCCCACUCCGGGCGUGAAGCUCAAGGACUUUGCCAUCCAUAUUUGCACAGUGGAUCUCGCCACGGGACACUCCACAUCAGAACCAAAACUAAUCCGCGAGUCAUCAUCCGGAGUUGCAGAGGGAUCCCAUAUCUUCAAGCGCGGUCGCUACUAUUAUCUUUUUUCGGCCGAAGGUGGUACCGAAAGUGGACAUUGCGAAUGGGUUAGUCGCAGCGAAGUUGGACCCUUGGGACCGUGGGAACUUGCGCCGAAUAAUCCCCUCUGGCGUAAUGGGGUGGAAGAUGAAGUUCAGAAUACCGGUCAUAUUGAUCUAGUUGAAGAUGCUGAUGGGAAUUGGUGGGCGGUUCUUUUGGCGGUUCGGCCGAUGCGAAAAGGGGAUCAGUGGGAAGAGUCUGUUUUUGGACGGGAGAGUUUCCUUGUCCGUGUGGAGUGGGAGAAUGACUGGCCGAUUGUUAAUGGCGGCAAGAGGAUCACCCUUCAGUCUAAUGGACCGGGGCUUUACCAACACGACAUCCCGAUUUCCUGGAAGGAUGACUUUUCAAGCCCCAAUCUCCAGUUGGGAUGGUAUAGAAAAAAUACCCCCUUCUCCGUCGACUAUUCUCUGGCUGAACGUCCCAAUCAUCUCCGCCUAUAUGGUGGACCAUACACCCUUUCAGUACCAGCCAGUCCAACAAUGUUCCUACGAAAGCAAACCCAUCGAUUCUGCACCUGGGAGACGAAACUAUCAUUCCAACCCACUUCCGAGCACACCGAAGCUGGAACUGUCGUAUGGUGGAAUUAUUUCACGCAUAGUAGCCUCGGAAUUCGGAAACGAGGUGACCAGCGAAUUAUUCGGUUCAAACCAUCAGAAGGUGACGUGGUUGAGGUCACUUUAGAUCUGACCGGAGAUGUUGUCCUCAUUAUCGAAUGUGGUAACGAGUAUCGAUUUGGUUAUCGUGGCCCGUCUAGCGAGGAGACUAUUUGGAUUGGAAGUGUGGCCAAUCACGUCGCGACCAAGGCACCUCCUGUGGGCGCACCUUUUACGGGUAUCAUGAUCGGGCUUUAUGGUUUUGGUGACCGCCAGCGUUGUACAACUCCUGCCGACUUUGCCUAUGCACAAUUUCGAUGA